UUUAAAUGUGACAACAGGAUCCCUUGAAGGAAGGCUGCUAGCCAACAGUUUGCCACAAUUAGCUAGCGCAAUGUACUUGGUUCAAGCGAUAAACCUGCGUGAGCUGUCGAACGAAAGACGACCCUGACAGGCACCUAAUCCUCGCUAGCCCUGCAAUUUAUAUUAUUUAAAGUAUAAUUAUGACCGAUUAUUGGAACUUAGAUGCUGCUCUAGCCGAGGAGACGACAGUGCCGCUGAAGUUCAAGUAUGGAAUCCUCGGCGUGGCGCGUGUCCUAGAGCCUGGCUCGACCAACAACGACAUAGAUUCUGGGACAAAGGUGGACGCGCCGCUAUGGCUAGCAGCUGCGCUAUCGCGGCGAGGCAUGACGUCGUUCGGUGCGCCCGAACUGUACUCCGAGCGCUACCGCCGGAAGAUUAACGCUGGCGCGGAGUGCAUGAACUUGAAGGGGCGUGCACCUUACUUCUACGACGUGGGCAAUAAGUGCAACGAGUUUAUGCAGGACUUGACGCUCUCGGCCUUCCUGUCCCGCACAUACGCCACGCGCUACCGGGAGCUGGUCUCCAAGGGCCUCAGCACGGUGUCGGGUGAGGACAUGCUGGAGCUUCAAAGCAAGUUGUCGCUGGAGGAGUUGUCAGUCUUCGAGGCGGGGAGAGACGCAGUCGCGCGGACGGAAACGUGGGCGCGCGGCGCAAGGCCACGGGUACUAGCAGCGGCUGUGGUGCCAUCUCGUAAGCGUGCAUCGGCACCGGACGAUAGUAAGGGGCGAGAGGCGCGGCAGCGUGUCGAGGGCUGAGACUGGUACGAUACAUAGGGCCGCACAGUGGCUUGAGUAGUCAACCGGGCAUGACGUAGGGCAGUCUGGUGCAUGCAUUGUACGCUGGGGUGCGCAGUCCGUACCACAGAACCUGCAUACCUGUGGUGAGCAUCUGUAGGCUCAUGGGCGCGUGCCAGGACGCAUUUGUGAGGGCCUUCGAUGGCCUCUGUGCGCUUGCACACUCAGAUUGUCCCUCUUUUAACGUCACAGACAUACGUGCGGUGGAGCAGGUGUGUGGUGUGCGUGGUGGCUGAAUGAAGAAAGGACUAUAUGUCAUGCGCCCUGGUCACAGCUGCAUGGACCUCCUGAGGGCUUUGCACUGAUUCGAUACACCGGAGUGCGUGUGCAGUUGCAUUGUUGCAUGCUCAGGGCGAGCAGAUGGACGCUGGUGCACGCUAUGUACGUGUAAUGUGAUCUGGAU